AUUUGUAAGUCAGUAAUUAUUAUUAGUACCCAGCCAGUUGUCUCUAGGGCAGCAGAGUGCUCUUUGUAGAAGAAUGUCAUGUCACUUAUUAAUAUAAAAGAACCUGAGUGCACAAUUAAGAGCUGAAAAUCAUCAGGUUGGGCAGUAACAAGGUCCUAGAUGUCCGUUGUCUGUGAGAGAAUUUUCCAGAGGACUUUGUUUUUGAACCCUUUUCAUUUUAUUAAAGGCAUCAUAUCUGAAAUUUUCUUACCAAAUUCAGUUUCCUUUGAAAAAACAAUUUAUUUCUUACUCACAAGGCGUGGGUCUGCCCAUCCUUUACUUCACAGUAAUCAAUGUUUCAUUUUUUUAAAUUAAGUUUUGAAUGAAUGGGCAGUCUCUUAGAAGUGUUAGAAGAAAUAUCAAUAUCUAGUUCUUUUAUUUGAGGAUUUUUUUAUUGUUUUGAAGGUCAGAAUAGGGAAAGAAAAGUGACUUUGCAGUAUAUAUAUAUAUAGAGACACAGAAAAUAUGAUUUUAGGGAAGUUUUUCAAGCAUGGGCAGUAUACCUUUAAUUCCUUUCAUUUCAUUACAGUUUGUCCACAUCAAUGGCCUGAGACUUAUCUGUAGGGCUCACCAGUUGGUCCAUGAUGGGUACAAAUUCAUGUUUGAUGAGAAGCUGGUAACAGUUUGGUCAGCCCCUAACUACUGCUACCGCUGUGGCAAUGUGGCUGCCACGCUCUCCUUCUCAGACGCAGAGACAAAAGAAGCUAAAAUAUUUCACGCAGUGCCUGACAGUGAACGUGUUAUUCCUCCACGCACAACUACGCCGUAUUUCUUGUGAUUUAUAUCAUCUGUAUUAUGUACAAUAUCUGAUGUAUUUAUGGACAAUGCAGUUAUAAUAUUUAAGUCUUAAGAAGAUGAAAAAAGAAACUGUUCCGCUUAAAAGUUUUCGAAAAGAACGAUUUCUAUAAAGAUUCCUGGCAUAGCCAGGAAGAGAUAAAAAUUGACAAGUUUUAUCAGUGAACUCUCUUUCUGACCAUAAUGUAAAAUUCAUUGGUGCAAAUGAUUUUGAUGCCAUUCUCUUUCUACCUGCUCCCUGGAAUCCAUCCUCUGUUUCAGUUUCAGUAUGAGCAAAAGAAGGCUAUUGUACAGGUUUAUUACCAGUAGACACUGAAACUAACAGUGGUAUUGUACGGUUAUGUAAGGUCAAUCCCCAUUUUAAUUUCUGACACAUCGUGUCACUUCAUGAUGCUUUAAUGCUUUAUACAAAAAUGAUCGUCCUUGGAUAUUUGUGACAGAAAUACAAAUGGACAACUUAAAAAAGUUACAAAUCUCACGGAGAAAAUUACUAAAUGGUGCAUUCUCUGAGUUCACCUUGUGGGUGUACAUUUAUUUUAGAUUUUUACUAAAAAAACUCGCCUAAGAAGAGGAAGGUCUUUAAAAGGGGGCGUUUUUUUUUUUUUUUCACUUCUGAAUCAUGAGAAGCGUGCAAAAUAAUCAGGAUUCCAAUAUUCUCAAAAUUUCUGAUUUUAUCAGUAUAAUAUUUUAGAAAAUUGUAAAGAUAUUUUGUAAAUAAA